CUUGGAUGUUUUUAGAGGUGUGAGAAUUGUGCCUCCUCACAAAGCAACCUAUUUUAUUUCUAAUCUUUCUAAUUUUAGAAAGUAUUUUUUUUUUUUUUAUGUUGUAAUGAACUCUAGUUUUUUUCUAUCUUUAACCUAGCGAUCUUAGUUCUGCCUUUUGAGGCUUCACAGAACAUGUCUGCUUUGUUUUCUCCAGGAGAAAUUCUUUAGAGUUUUAAAGUUAGUGAUCUGUCCCCCAGGUUCUGCUUUUCUCCAGGCUAAAGAACCCUAGACUCUUCCACAGCUGACUGAGAUGCAGGUUCACUCCGUGCACGUGCUUAGCCUUCGAAACCCAAAGCAGUGUCUCAGUGUACCCUGAUUGUUCCUUCUCACCCUUUAUCUGUACUUCUGCAGUUACCUCGUGGGAGAUGAGCUAUGGGUUGUCAUGGAAUACUUGGCUGGAGGCUCUCUGACAGAUGUAGUGACAGAAACCUGCAUGGAUGAAGGCCAGAUUGCAGCUGUCUGCCGUGAGUGCCUGCAGGCCCUGGAGUUUCUACAUUCGAACCAGGUCAUUCACAGAGACAAGAGAGACAACACCCUGUUGGGAAUGGAUGGCUCUGUCAAGCUAACUGAUUUUGGAUUCUCUGCCCAGAUCACCCCAGAGCAGAGCAAACGGAGCACCAUGGUGGGAACCCCAUACUGGAUGGCACCAUGGGUUGUGACACAAAAGGCCUAUGGGCCCAAGGUUGACUUCUGGUCCUUGGGCAUCAUGGCCAUUGAAAUGAUUAAAGGCGAGCCCCCAUGCCUCACUAAAAACCCUCUGAGACCUACAGGUAGACAAGACUCUGGCUUCCUAUCUGUGUCACAACCAACCAUCUUUGCUGCACUUUGCCAGAGAAACAGACCCCCUUGCGUUAUUACACAGUCAGAAUUUGCAGUGACUGUUAGUGGUGGUAAACCUCACUCUGAGGCCUCUGGUCCAUCCAGUGCUGUGACCCUGAAACAGCUGCCCCGUCCAGGAGUAAAGCCUGUCUGGUUAGCUUGGGGCCCUAGGCAAGAGUCUAGGAACUUAAGAAGUUGUACUUUGGCUGAUCUGGGGCUCAGGCUUCUGUCUCUCUCUGCCUCACCUUUUUCCCCUGGCCAUUAA